AUGGGCACUAGUACAGGGGCACCUAAAUACCCAAGUUAUGCAAGAUAUGAACAGUGGGUGGUUUGCAGGAUCUUCCAUAAGAGCACCGGACUAAAGAAGAUGGUGACGCUGUCAUAUGACAUGCCAAUGUACACAGGAGCAGAACAUCAACAGGGCUUUGUCGACUUAGAUACAUUGCCUCCUCUCAUGGAAUAUGACAUGUCGUCAACAUGUGCGCAUGCACCGCUGUUUCCUGGAGCUUCUUCGUACCAGUUGCACGAUGUUGGGGCUGGCUCAUCGAUGAUGGGCAGUGCGGCGCUUCCUAUGAUGAAUUACCACUACAUCAGGAAUAACCACCACCACCAAAUGAUGGCCAACCCAACACUGCCUCUGCCGCUCUUCCAACACCAACAACAACAUCAACAGAUGGUGAUGCAUAUGGGUGCAGAUCAGGGUCUCAUGGUCGAGGCUCAGCCUGAGAGUGGGUUGGCAUCGAUGCUGUCACAAGAGGACGUUGUGGCCGGGCUGAGGAACAACUACCCAGGGAACACCGCUGCCACAGUAGUUGGCGAGACCUCGUCGAUGAACAUGGGUAUGGAUGACAUUUGGCGGAACUGAUGAUCAGAUAACCCAAGACAACAUAUAUAUAUGUGUGUGCGUGCAUAAAUUAAUCAUCCAUAAGACGGUCGGUUGAUAUAUGCCAACCCGUAUAUUGGUU